AACCGUUGUCAAAGUUCAUUUUAAACUAGGUAGGUACUACAUUUUGCAACUUUUUGCAAAGUCCAAUAUUAUUAGGUGCAGUGUAGAAAAAAAUAAAUAAAUAAUAUAAUUGAAACCCACAUACGUUUACGUAUCUACAAUCAGGACUACUUUUUUAUUUACUGUUUGAUAGUGAUCCGUGUCUAUUUUAAACAAGUGCAUACUCAAACACUAGGAAUCCCAAAAAUAAAAAUUGUUAUCCACUGUAAUAAUUUACAUUCACAAGUCCUUUCCAAAUUUGUUGUUUUGAAUUUGAUGUGUUGGAACAAUUUUCUAAAUGGCUCAAGAACUGAAAGAAUUGUGUCAGCUUUUAUUUCCGGACUCAACCACAGAGAAUGCAGAAUACUUUAGUGAUAUUACAGAAUAUAUAAAAAAAUUAGGAUCACAAAAUUGGGAACAUGUUAAGAAAGAACCUGAACGAUUGAGUGAAGAGAUGAAACAUUUGACGGAGCAGACACAAGAUUUAGCAUUCACUAACUAUAAAACGUUUGUGGAGACUGCUGACAUAUCCAGAGCUAUCAUGAAGGAUUUGGGAAAGUCAAAGGAAUCAUUAGCAAGUUUUCUAAAUAACACUCCUGACUUUGUAUCUCAGUGUGAGAGCUUUUCCCAAGUCGCUGGUGGGAUAGUUCAAGAGAAAAGGCGAUACAGCAGUAUAAGAAACCAAAGUGACAAACUGUUAGAGUUAUUAGAGUUGCCCUCUUUGAUGCGUGAAGCUCUUAAUGCGGAGGACUAUGAGAGUGCAUUAGAUAUCUUUGCUUUCAUCCGAAAUUUGUCCAAGAGGUACUCGGAGAUACCUAUUGUUGAGAGCACAACCAGUGAAAUAAUGACAUUGUGGUAUGAAACACUUUAUCAUCUCUUCAAUCAGCUUCACUAUGAUCUGCCUUUACCUCAGUGUUUACAGAUUUUAGGAUAUCUCCGUAGAGCCAACACAGUAUUUAGGUCAACUGAUGAUGAGCAUAGCAGGUUACAAUCAAUCGGUAACAAAGGCAGCAUUACAUCUGAUGGUCUACACUUACAUUUCCUUAAAGCAAGAAAUGCCUGGUUUGAAAAAGCACUAGAGGAUGCAAGAAAUACUGAAGCACCCGAAAAAUUGUUACGUAAAAUAGUGGAGUUGCACAGAAUUCAUCUAUUUAAUGUCAUAACUCAACACAAAUCGAUAUUUUUGUCUGAUGCUCAGGAGUCGAAAGUAAGGGAUAAUGAAUUGAGUGGUACCAGUGCACUGUCUUGCUGGCUCAAAUUAAAAGUGGAAAGCUUAGCUUAUAUAUUAAACCAAGAUCUUUGGAGGGAGGAUGAGUCUGGUUUUGAAUCGAUAAUGAACCAAUGCAUGUAUCUCUGCCUAUCGUUUGGCCGAGUCGGCGCCGACCUGAGAUGUGUGCUCACGCCCUUAUUUCGCAACAAUGUUUUGAUGCAGUUCAACUGUGGCAUGGAAAAAGUCGACAAUCAGUUUGAGAACCAAAUGAAGUGCUACAAAGUGCCCAGUAUUAAAAAUGUCUCGAGGCCCAUAAAUGAAAAUAUGGCAACCGGCCCACCGGAAAACCUGUUGGACUACUACCCCUUAGCUGAAUACUGCAAUGGAAUGCUGACAGUACUUAAUUCUUUGCGCGUAACAGCCCCUUUGAAUAUCGUCAAAGAUGUUUAUAAAGGCUUCAAAAAAUCAUUCGAGAAAGCUGCGCAGAUUUUGAUAACGUUUUACCAUAGAGAGCAACAGGCUUUCACUGAUAUCGAGAAGCAGAAUUUCGUGUCCCUAUGCGUUUGUUUCACGGAAGAUUUGGUGCCAUAUAUCGCUAAAUGUCUAUCACAAUCGUUUCCACCAACGCAAGUUGCAGAGUUGUUAGGGAUCACACUGACUGUGUUACAAGAAAGUAAAAUCUUGUAUUUGGAUCAAAUUGAAAUAUGCAAGCCGCUGAAUAGCGUUACAGGCCUUGUAAUAAUAAAUUAAUAUGAGUAAGCUGUUAAAGUUACUUAGCCAGAUUUCAAAAAUUAUCAAAAAAUACUAUGUAUUUUGCGUAAAAAAUAACUUCUCACGUGCCAUUAAACUUUAUGCGUCAAAUGUCAUCUCAAUAUUAUGAUUUUAAAGGUG